GUGAGCCUCUGUCAGUGAGUGACGGCACCUCCUACUCCUGCACCAUGAAAACCAUGGUGCCAGGAUGGAUGCCCAAGGCUAGACUCCUGCUGCUGCCCCUUCUCCUCUGCUUUGGGCCAGAGACCACCGGGAGCAUCAACCCGGACGCGCUCAAAACGAUCGUGGAUUACGUCCACCAGUAUCGCCCUCCCCCCCCCAUCGUUCAGUAUGCGGUGGCCAUCUCCUUGCCGCAGUCUGUGUGCCAAGGCACCAACCUAAAGAAGCUACAGAAGCACCUGCCCGUGACUGAGCUCCAGAUGAUGCAAAGCACUCUGAAGACAGAUCAUCUGUACGAGGGGAAUCACACCGUCGCCGCCAAACCCAACAAAAGUGACAACCACUCCCUGCACUCUGAGUGGCUGAUGUUCCGUCUGGACCAGAACAACGUGAGUUCCGUCUCCCGCCUCCUGGACAAGGCCCGAGGCCAGAACAAGUGCUGCGUGACCCAAGCCUUGGCAGAAUGGUUUGGUAGCAACCGCUACACCAAGUGGUUUCUGAACAACCCAUGCGGCUGGAACCGCUGCUUUGUCUUCUUCACCUAUUUCGCUCCCUGCCUGGGCACCUGCCUCAGCUUGAAGGACGACCACCGCAUCCAGCAACUCAUGGACGGGAUCUUUGGUGCCAUAGAUGAAGACCGCCGCGCCUUGGCCUUCAAGGAGGUUUUCGGCCAAGACAGAGGGCGGGGGAAGCAGUUUGUAUGGAACUCAUGGCAAACGCUCUGUAAUGUGCCCAUGUACCAGUGCGAUGACCAGGGCUGCCACAGCUGCAAAGAGAAGGAUGUCAACAAGAACUCCUGCCUAACAGCAGUGAAAAACCCAGCCCCGAAAGCAGCCCAGGGGGGCAGAUGCCAAGUUGGGAGGAGAUUGUAAGCUGCAAUGCAAUCAAUCAACAACCAGCCCAUCCAUCGUUCAAUCCAUCUGUCCAUCCAUGAACCCAUCUGUCUGUCAACCCAUCCAUCCGUCAACCAAUCUGUCCAUCAUCCUUCAACCCAUCUGUCAACACACUCAUCCAUCAGCCCAUCGAUCUGUCAGCCCAGCUGUCCAUGUCUCUCACAUACGUCUCCUUCUAUGUCGCUCUCUCAUUUCAAGGUGCCCAUCUCUUAGUAUCUGGGCACUGUGUUUGCCCUGUGAUCUUUUCUCCCUUUCUCUAUAUAUCUCAUUUCCAGGGUUCCCAUGCCCCUAAUAUGUGGGCCCUGGAUUUCCCCUAAAAAUUUGCCCGCCUUUCCUAGUCCAGCAGACAGGGCCGUCCUUAGGAUUUAUGGUGCCCUAGGCAGGCUUAUUAAACUGGUGCCCCUGUUAGGGUGUUAAAUGACAAUAUAAAUGGCAACACAGCACUGCUUUCAUGCUUAG